AGACAACUGAAGCCAAGACUUACAUUUGCUUGCAAACGUCUAAUGGAAAAGGUAUUGUAUGGAAUACAAUAGUGGAGAGUUGUACCUCAGAGAAGAAAUUCUGUAACAGUACAAUUUCUUGUUAAGAUUGUAAUGGUAAAUCUACAACAAACGUUACGCAAGACAUCACCUAAUUGGUCAUAUCCUGUAAGGUAGAUGGGAAAGAAGAAAUUUUUGUGAAGAUUAUUUUUCACUAGUCACUAUGGCAUGAAUGAAAACUCAGCCUGGCAUCAGAGGACACAUUGCUUCUGUCAUUUUGAGCCCUUGUGGAAUCUUUCCUGCAAAUAUGGUCAUGCUUUGGCUGCUCUAUGACCAUUUGACAUGAAUCAUGCUCUCUCAUAAGAAGAUAUGGAGCAAAGUCAUUCUCCAUUACCCUCACUGUCUUAUGGCAUGCACCCAGAUGAUACCACAAUGUUCGUGGCUAAGGACGAUCCAACAGUUACCAAGAAGCCAUCUGUCUCCAAUUGAUUGGGAUGACAAUAGUAACCUUAAGGAGCUCAGGAAAUUUUCCAGCUGUAAAAGUACUAUUGAUCAGAAAGAGAUGUUCAUUGAUGGCUGCAGAAAACUGACGCUGACUCAAUUUCCCCUGGUGACAGGCGAUAUUAAAGUUCUUAUUUUCAACCGUGUAGAUUAAAGAGUGCAACUAUCCAUUAGUCUCCUUGGUAGAAAAAUGUGACAGAGUGAAAAUGACCUGUGUCACUGGUGAUACAGUUGA